UUUUUGAAGCUUACUAGUGAAGUAAACGCACGUUUUCUUAUAGUAUAAAAUAUUUUAAGCAUUAUGACUGCCAAACAAAUUAAUACACGAAUUUUCUGACCACGUACCGCAUGAAAGGUGGUCUUGCCAUUCUACGUGCGUAAAUUAAACUUUCGUUGUAUUAAAUUAAAUUGUUAACUUUCUAAUGGAAGCUUCUGCGAAAUCUUUAACCCGUGGUAUUUCCCCCUCGGAUGUUGAUGUGCAGCGUGAACGAAUCGCCGCCCUCAAGAAGGAGCGAGAGUUUUUACUCGAAGAGCUUCGUGCUCGCUCGGCAAACGCAAACGAAUUACGCAAUCGAAUGAAGGAAAAGGAAAUUUCCAAAACGAUGGAGGUAAAGCAACGAAUGAAUGGGACAAAUUUAGCUGUGAACUUACAUAAUACGUAUGGACCCACAGCAUUAGACAGGGCUGUUGAUUUCUACAACCCUCCAACGGGCCAUACAGGACACUACAAGGAGAAAAGUAGUUUGAUGGCUGAUUUGAUGGAACAGAGGAGAUUGGAACACAAGUCUAAGACUGGACAGUACCAAGAAGCGAUUAGUAUAUUGAACAAUCAUCGGAGAAGUAUCCUCGCUGAACAGAAUCGUAUUUACGAGGACAAAAGGCGACUGGUUGGCGGGAGAUACUCGCCCUCAAUCAACUCAAUUCCAGGAGACCAUGAUGUCUACAAAUAUCCUCGGCCAGAAUAUCCCCCGGAAACGCCCAGCGAACCCUCUAGAUCCCCUUAUUACGCGUAUCCAGAAGAAGCAGAGGUGGAGACGAUGGAGUCUCUUGUUGAAAAAGUGAAGACUCUAAUUCCUAAAAUGGAGAAAACAGUCACCGAACUCAAACUAGACUUGGACAUGGAAGACCUCAAGUUUGUGAAGAUGGGCGAACAAGGGCGUGGCUUGGACUCCUUUGAGCCUUACCAAAGGGACGCUGCUAUUAUUUGUAGAAGUAUUGUGAACGAACUAGUGGAAAAGUCGAUGGACUCAUUUCUGAGACAGCAACUUCCGGCCAAACACCGGAAGCAUUACGAGGAAGAAGCAAUGGAAGUGUCAAGGGAGCUGAACAAGUUCCACAAGACGACUUUGAAACAGAGAGUUGGAGCUUUGAUCAGAGAUGAACUGGUACUAGAGGUCACGGCUGAGCUGACAGUCGAUGCAAUUGACGAGUUCUUCGAAAUCAGCAAAAUGUCCACUGCCAAAUCUAACAAUUUGGUCAUCAAAGCUGCCGAAGUUUCUGCAUCUGCCGAGCAAGAGGAGAGACUUCCGGAUGAUCCAGAUUAUCUCCGCAUCAACAAGAUAUUCGAGAAACUGCUGCGAGAGAGAAGCGAAAAGAAAACCAAAGCCGAAACCUCCGAGCAAAUCUGGAAACACUCUCUCCCUAUGACCCACAUCUCGGGAAAGCCAGUCGUUGAAAUACGAGAAGAUGUCGAGCCGAUAGAUGUUCACCAAAUUAAACCUUUCGAUCUCCGCGAAAAGAAUUAUGAGUCACCUAUUUACAACAAUUUCUGGAAAAAGGAAGCGCGUUAUUGGGAAGGUAUUGACGUUGAGAUCUCUAGAAUUCUUCUAACUGCAGAAAUGAAAGGAUGCCAGACUGCUAAAUUAAGUUCAAAGCACCGACUUCUAGCUGUCGGAACAGGUCAUGGGGAUAUUCUGGUGUACGACUUGUUCCAACCCGAACCUAGACUACUGUAUGUUGCCCGGAGUCCUUCAAGAGGGGACUACCCGAUUGAGAGUAUCGCAUGGUCUGGUGAUGAUUCGCAAAUAAUCUGUCAACGAGAUAGAGCCAUUACGGUUUACAAUAUACUUAUUUCUCUCGAAGUGAACGAACGUGAACUGUCAGAUUUAGGAAUUAAGUUCACGAAGACAGAUGAGUUCAAACCUUUCUCACUUUACGAAGUGAUCAUGCUGAACCAAAGCACGUCUGAUUUUCAGUUUGCUCGUGGACCAAUCGCUGAACAGAACGGCGAGGUAGUGAAUCAGUCUUUAGGAAUGUGUAAAUUUCAUCCUUCAAGUACUUUAGCAUGCUCUAGUUUCUCCGUAAUGGUCAGUUUCGAAAAGGGAGACAUGCAGAAAUUGGAUUUCGAAAAUGAGUUUUUAGGCCAGGAUGAAGAUUUAGACCAGAAAAAGAUGAAAAUAAUUUACCCUCAAGUUGCAGCUGAUCACGGAACGAAUUUCAUUGCGAAAGGAAUUCAAAGCGAGCUCUUCAAAGCUCAUAACUCUCAAAUUAUUUUGAUUGCUUUCAUAAGUGGUGUUGGUGAAAUGGUAACACUGGAUGAUUUAGGGUACCUUAACUGGUGGCGAUACACAAAAGACUACUUUACCCAAGAUUUCUGUGAGCCAUACAAAAAGAACAAACUUAUCAUGCAGAAAGUUGUUUAUGUUCCUGUAAACAGCCAGGACAACCCUCCUAAAGUAAUUUUCUCGAGAUACAACACGGAUUCUAGGGGUCGGCAGAUCCCACUCGCUUCUGAUGAGUUAGAAAAGCGAAUGGACACCGUUGAAACGGAGCUUUUCAUGAAAUCAAUUGAAGAUAAAGAGCUAGUAUGGCAAGAUAACGAUGAUCCAGAUCUACUGACUAAACAGUACCCAGCAGAUUUGAUAUCGAAAUCUGGCUCAACAUUCUACACGAUAACCAGAGCUAAAUUAGACAAAGAGCUGCACAGGGUCGAGAAGGAACUCCUAAGGCCGAAGAAUGUUAAAGCAACUAGACUUUUGGAAGCAGAAACAACUCCAGAUGGUGAUAUCAUAAUAUACAUGACGCUGUUUAACAGAAUAGAACAAGUUGGACCACAUAUUUCAUUUUUCGCUUUCGACCUGGAGCGAAAAGAAAGUUUGGACCUUAGGCUAGACAUCCCGAUAACUGAACGUGAUUAUGACAUAAUUUUGACCAAUAAUGUCGUUUCGUUUGAGACAAGUCGACCUUUUGACACAACUUCUACAGCUUACAUAAUAGUGAAUGUAAUGGGUUCUCUCAGUGGUUAUUCGCUAACAACUGGGACCAAAAUUAUGACAGCUACAAGCGACGAGUUCAACGGUUUGAAUCUUUUAAGUUUUACUGGAUUGCCUCGGUCGGUGAUCACUCUUCAACCUUCAGCCGGAAUAAUAGUAGCAUCGCCUCCAAAAACAGACAGAAUUCAAAUCAUUUCUUACAGUCCAGAUCAAAGCAUGAUCGAUAUUCUGUCACUGCGUGAUCUGAAUACGAAACAAACCAGAAAAGAUAUGUGGUUGGCAUAUAGAACACUGGAAAUGAUGCAGCCAGAACGUGUGUUACAAUACGAUCCCGACCAAAGAAUCCGCAAGUCAAACUGGCUUCUUGAUGGCGAGGAAUACAUCGGCGCUUUGACUGCUACUAAAGCGAUAGUUUUCGAUAUCAUCGACGAUGCAGUCGACAAAGCUUACUUCGAAAAAGCGUCAGAUUUGGAACCCGAACCUCAGUUUGACCAAAGUGGACAGCAAAUUGUCGACGAAGAUGGAAACCCCGUUUUGAAGGUUCCAAAACGAGGCUACCCUGAGGAUUACAAAGAACAGAAGGAUGCAAGAAUGGCCAAAAAUCGACAGCUCGCGAUAUCGAAUUAUGGUAUUGUUAAUGCAUAUGGCGAUUUGAAACUGUUUGGAGAUUUGGAGGAAGUCGACAAGGCAUAUGAACGAGCAGUGGCCAAAUAUGGCAAGAAAAAUAAACCAAGGAUUCCGACCAAUCGGAUUCAAGCGGUAGAUGCGUUUGAUGACGCCACGGCUAAUCAACAGCCGACUGAACAAUCAGAGAACGCAGGAGCUACAGCAGAAAAUUCGAGAGAGAACCAACAGGAAGCGCCGAUUGCAAAUGAAGCCAGGGGUCAAGAAACUCCGCCGCCACCUCCCCCUCCACCAGCGUAAACUUGAAUUUGAACUUUAUCACAAAAUUAUUUUGAAAUGAAUUUCAUAUCCGUUGA